AUGUCCACUUGCCCAGUUACCGAGACUCGCCUGAGCCAGAUUGCUACCGACGCCUGCAACGAUGCCUUCACCAGCGCUACCACAUACAACCACGCCCAAACUGAGCAAUGGAACUCGGACAUCAUCAAAAACAUCCUCACCGCGCUCAUCUCAGAGUCAAAGGGCGACGUCCAAUACAAGUUCGCCGUAAACUCGACCAUCAUCCAGCAUCUGACCGACCCGCGUCCUGCUGGCUCCGACACCCCGACAUCUCCAUCGAACGGCACAGUAGGUCGCCGUGGAAUGCACUCUGCGACCGGCGCCUACUGGAACACCGAGAAGGACGGUAUCUGGAACUACAAGUAUGAAGGCGGCGAGGCCAAGGGCAUGGACGUUGUCGUCUGCGUCAUGUGGGUCGCAAACUGA